UAUGUCCUGUCUGUUUUGAAAUUUACAUACCCUACGUUGUUCCAAGGGUGGCAGACAUUCAUUGGUGGACUUCUGCUUCACGUGUCAUGGAAGCUGGGUUGGGUGGAGAUCAACAGCAGUUCAAGAUCUGAUGUUUUGAAGUGGCUUCCUGCUUCUCUGCUGUUUGUGGGUAUAAUCUAUGCCGGGUCCAGAGCCUUGUCCAGACUGGCCGUUCCUGUGUUUUUCAUUUUGCAUAAUGUAGCUGAAGUUCUCAUCUGUGGGUACCAGAAAUACUUCUGGAAAGAGAAAACUCCUCCUGCAAAGAUAUGUAGUGCCCUCUUCCUCCUGGCCGCUGCAGGGUGCCUUCCUUUCAAUGACUCUCAGUUUGAUCCAGAUGGAUAUUUUUGGGCUGUAAUUCACUUCUUUUGUGUAGGGGCUUACAAAGUACUCCAGAAGUUGCAGAAGCCCAGCAUAUUAAGUGACAUUGACCAGCAGUAUUUAAACUACAUAUUCAGUGUGGUGCUCCUGGCCUUUGCCUCCCAUCCCACAGGUGACCUCUUCAGUGCCCUGGACUUUCCAUUCCUGUAUCUCUACAGAUUCCAUGGCAGCUGCCUCGCCAGCGGAGUUUUAGGAUUCUUUCUCAUGCUCAGUACAGAAAAGCUGAAAGGCCUACUGGCCCCAGGGCAGUGUGCAGCCUGGAUUUUCUUUGCUAAGGUCAUCACAGCUGGUUUGUCACUUCUGCUGUUUGACAUGAUUCUGACCAGCGCAACCAUAGGAUGCUUCCUGCUCGGUGGACUUGGAGAGGCCCUGCUGGUUUUCUCAGAGCAGAGGAACCCCUGAGGAAGUGGGCAAGGAAAGAAGAUGCGCAGUUGCCCCUGGAGAACACAGCGCCUACCUCCCUGUUGAGAGUGUCGGAAAGAACGCAAGUACAGAGAGACCAACCUGAGGGCUCCAGGUAGACAGAGCCUGGGCCUGCAUGUCCCUCAACCAAACUGAACAGUUUGCUGUUGAUUCAAAGGCCCUACUUUCUCAUUGCUUCAGGGAGGACCUUCUGGGAGACUCUGUGCUGCUGUAGAGGAUGGGUCCAUCUUAAAUCUUACCAUGCUGAGAUAUCUCCACUGUGCUGCACCCAAUUCUGCAGAAACAGGAAGCAGAGGAUUUGAUUUUACCCAGAUGACUCUGCUCAUCUGGAUGGACCUGCAGCCUCUGGGUACCAAACUCCUACCAAACACGGCUUUUGAAUUCAAGGUCAUUGGCCUAUGGACACUGUGUCUUUACAUCUUGGAUUUUCCUCCUCCCCUUGCUGAGUUCCUAGCUUGCCUGGAGUCUACACCCUCCCAUAUAACAGCAUAAGAUUUGCAUGCUCUUAAGGGCCUCCAUCUGGGGCAGGGCAGGCAUGGGGGUUGAGUGUGAGUUCUGUGCCAAGUGAGACUACAGCAGAGAUCGUGAUUGGCAGCCUUUUGUGAUCAGUGUUAUCUAUUUCUAGCUUCUAAGCUUCUCUUGGUCCUUGUAAAUUUGUUAGGAUGUGUUGAACUCUGCAGACUCUUUUGACCACCAUCAGGUUAACCUGGUGACUAAUCGAUUACCAGAGGUCUUCUAAGUACUGAUGGAUGCCUCUUAAACCAAACAGGCAAUAUAUAUUAUGUAUACACACCUUUUUUUUGAGAUAGGAUUCCUGUGUAGUCAAAGUUGGCCUGGAAGUCACUAUGCAGCCCAGGUGGCCCUUAACCUCCUGUCCUGCCCCUGCGUCUCCAGUGCUGAGAUUAUAGGCAUGCACUACCACACCCAGCUUUUAUUUCUUAAAUUAUUUAACCUAUUCAAUUCCCUCAUAUCUCAGAAGAGAUUUUCAAGUCAUUGAACACUGACAUGUCUUUCACACAA